CGAGCCAGUCUCAGGACUUUGGACAAGUACCAGACCUACCUAACGCAGCCAGCCUCUUCCGGAGCUUGAUUUGGACGACUCAACUUCUGGUCUGCCAGCAGAAGCAGAACGAUCAUCACAUUCCCCCUGAUCUGGUCUAUUCCCAACUGGGCGAACCGUUGGUUUGGCGUCUUGUCCAGCCCUGUUCCAGCGACAGGACGAUCCAUCAGUCAAUCAAUCAAGUAACCAACCAACCAGCCCAAGCCCGUCCCAUCAAGACAGCUGCACCCGACGGGCCUAGACUCGAGUACCCCGCGCCUUAUCGAUACGCCGACAGGGACUCGGCCGGGACUUGAUUCGAAAUCGAGCGCAAAGAGCGCGACCGUGCGCCUGGUGCAGCCACUAAAACCACGCGUCCCCGGAACCCCCCCUAAUUGAGGCCCAAUGUCGUCAGUGGAGUUGGGUGGCUCCUUUCAGGCCAAUGGUGGUCUGCCCAGCAACGACACGCCCGCCGACGAGAAAUUCCCCGACUUCCAAUGUUUACUGGAGCAGCCCCCAACCGACGAUAAGCUGCCCCUGAGCCACCACCGCCCCGUCUCUCUGUCCAUCCAGUCCACCACCUCGUCGUCCGACUACUCGGACAAGGACGCCGACCCGCUCUUCGACUCGCGCCGUGCCUCCAUCAUCAGCACCGCCUCGUCGCUGCACUCGGCCGUCACCGCCUGCAGCACCGCCACCACCCCUUGCGGCUCGCCCCAGCCGCUCUCGAGGAGCCGCCGUGACGCCAAGCAUCUCGCCGCCGCCCGCCUCCAGCGCUCCGGCUCGGCCUCGCUUGCCAUCGCCUCCAAGCAGCGCCGCAGCGACGGCAAGCCCAAGCGCUUCCACUCGGUCAGCGGCUCCCCGAAACACGCCCUCGCCGCCACCGAGCCGCCGCAUGAGACGGGUCUCGCGAGGAUGGCGUUCGCCGACCAGCAGCGGUGGAUCACCGUCCAGCAAAAGACGUUUACAAAGUGGCUCAACAACAAGCUGCAGGAGCGCGAUCUCGAGGUCAAGGACCUCGUCAAGGACCUCAGCGACGGUGUCAUCCUGAUCCACCUGCUGGAAUGUCUGUCCAGCGAGUCCCUCGGCCGCUAUGCCGCCAAGCCCAAGUUGCGCGUUCAGCGCUUCGAGAACACCAAUACGGCUCUCAACUUUAUCAAGUCCAGAGGCAUCCAGAUGACAAAUAUCGGUGCCGAAGACAUCGUCGACGGCAACCAGCGCAUCAUCCUGGGACUCAUCUGGACCCUGAUUCUGAGGUUCACCGUCAGCGACAUCAACGAGGCCGGCAUGACCGCCAAGGAGGGCCUGCUCCUGUGGUGCCAGCGCAAGACGGCCUGCUACGACGAGGUCGAGGUCCGCGACUUCAGCGGCUCCUGGAACGACGGCCUCGCCUUCUGCGCCCUGCUCGACAUCCACCGCCCGGACCUGAUCGACUACGACGCCCUCGACAAGUCGGACCACCGCGGCAACAUGCAGAUGGCCUUCGAUAUCGCCCAUAAGGAGAUCGGUAUCCCCAAGCUGCUCGAUGUCGAGGACGUGUGCGACGUGGCCAAGCCCGACGAGCUGAGUCUGAUGACGUACAUCGCCUACUGGUUCCAUGCCUUCUCCCAGAUGGAGAAGGUCGAGAACGCCGGUCGCCGCGUCGAGAAGUUUGUCAACAACAUGCAGGGCGCCUGGGAGAUGGAGAGCGCCUACGAGCGCCGUAUGGCCGAGCUGCUCAAGAGCAUCCACGCACAGGUCGAGAGCUGGCGCCAAGCCACCUUUGAGGGGACCUACGCCGACGCCAAGGCCCAGUCGACCGAGUUCGCUUCCUACAAGAGGGGCAAGAAGCGCGAGUGGGUCGCGGAGAAGAGCGAGCUGGCCACCCUGCUGGGCAACAUCAAGACCAAACUUGGCACCUACAGGCUGAGGCCGUACGUGCCCCCGCCCGAGCUAAGGCUCGAGGUCAUGGAUGUCGAGUGGAGCAAUCUUUCCAAGGCCGAGAUGACCAGGGGCCAGGUCAUCAACGAGAACAUCCGAGACAUCAAGAACGCGCUACGCAAGUCAUUUGCGGACAAAGCCAACGACUUUGCCAUGGCACUCAACACGAUGCAGCUCGCCAUCUCCGGCCUGGAGGGUGACGUCGAGGACCAGCUGCAUCACGUGCGCAAACUGAGCGAUAACCUCCCGCCGCUCGACGCCUACCUCACCGCCAUUGGCAUCGUUGACGAGAAGUGCCAGGAGGCCAAUAUUGAGGAAAACGACUUCACGACGUACACGUAUGACGAGCUCUGCUACGAGCUCGGCCUGGUCAAGUCGUCUGUUUCCAAGAAGCUCUCAUUCCUCGAGAACCAGAUGGUGGCCCGCAACAUGACCAACCUGACGCCCAUCCAGCUUGAGGAGUUCGAGUCGGUGUUCCGCCACUUUGACCGCGAGGACAGCAACAGCCUCGGCGAGCUCGAGUUCAGCGCCGCCCUGGCAUCCCUGGGGCUGGUGUUCUCCGAGGACGAGAUGCACGACUGCUUUAUUGACACGUCCAAGGGGAGCGACCGUGUUACCUUUGAGCAGUUUAUCCGCUUCAUGGUGGAUGUGACCGAGGACCAGAACACAGCCGAGCAGGUCUUCCAGUCGUUCCGCGAGGUCGCUGACGGCAAGCCCUACGUGACCGAGAUGGACCUGCGCCACAGUCUCGUGCCCGAUGAGGUCAUCGACAAGCUUGUUGAGAUCAUCCCUCUGCACACCGGCCCCGACAUGGCUCAGGACCGUGGUGUCCCGCAGUAUGACUACAUUUCCUUUAUGGACAAGUUUGUCGGCGGAGGUGCCGAGGACGAGUCUGGCUCAAGCAAUUCAGAGAAUGGCGCCAUAAAUGGCACACACUAGAGCGAAGCAUACAGCAAGAAACGAAAAGAGAAAAAAAAAAAAGACCAAAAAAGAAACUACCCGCACAUAUACUACAAGACUCCUCCCCACCUCAUCCUACGACUCCGACUCCUCCUUUGCUCCCUCCCUCUUCUCGUUCACAUCCUUGUACUAUCUCUUAC